AUACCGAGCAGGAGAAUAAAGAGUGUGGAGUUGAACUCGUGCCAUUGUAGUGACUCAUCUCAGGCACAGCGCGAGGGCUCAGAGCGAACCAGCGAGCCAGCGAGCGGCGCUCGGUGCGGAGAGAGGGAGAGGGAGAGAGAGCCGCGGACCUGCGAGGCGGGCCCGUCCAGGAGCGGGCGCAGGGCAAGGGGUGCAGGUCCCGGCGCCGGAGCCGCGGCACAGGGAACGGGGCUGCAGCUCUCUCAGCUCGACCCCGCGGGUUGCGGGACAGGCGCAGGCUGCCUUCUCCUCCUAGUCAAGUGUCCGAGCCGCUCCGAAACUCCGGCGGCGCGUCGGCCACAGGAAGUUUAUUUUCAGCUCCUUUUCUAAAAGGAGGAAAUAGAAGUUUCUCCAAGCGGGCAGCCUUUCUUUUCGCCUUUUUUUUUUUCUUUGCCUUGCCCGAAAUCGGCGCCCCGCACACCUGGCAGGCGUGACUUGCCGGGCUCCCAUUCUUUCUUAAUUUCCAAUUUUUGAUUGAGCCGGCAGCCCCGGCUGGACUCCGGCUGCGCGCGGGGGCGGGAGGGCGCGCGCAGGGGAGGGACCGAGGGACGCGCCGACUUUUUAGAGGGAGGGACUGGGUGGACGACCGGUCCCGCGGCGCUCGUAGAGCAGGAAAGAAGUGCAGCGCCCGGUGCUCAGGGGGGCACCGCUCCCGUGUGUUGUCGCGCUCGCCGCCGUGGGGGAGCAGCCGGGAGCAGAGGCUAGAGCCCAGGCGCCGCCCGCGGAGAGCGAACGCGCAGCAGCCGGUGCGCGGCCGCGGCGAGGGCGGGGAAAGAAAAACACCCUGUUUCCUCUCGGGCCCCCACCGCGGAUCAUGUACCAGGACUAUCCCGGGAACUUUGACACCUCGUCCCGGGGCAGCAGCGGCUCUCCUGCGCACGCCGAGUCCUACUCCAGCGGCGGCGGCGGCCAGCAGAAAUUCCGGGUAGAUAUGCCUGGCUCAGGCAGUGCCUUCAUCCCCACCAUCAACGCCAUCACGACCAGCCAGGACCUGCAGUGGAUGGUGCAGCCCACAGUGAUCACCUCCAUGUCCAACCCGUACACUCGCUCGCACCCCUACAGCCCCCUGCCGGGCCUGGCCUCUGUCCCUGGGCACAUGGCCCUCCCCAGACCCGGCGUGAUCAAGACCAUCGGCACCACUGUGGGUCGCAGGAGGAGAGAUGAGCAGCUGUCCCCUGAAGAGGAGGAGAAGCGCCGGAUCCGGAGGGAGAGGAACAAGCUGGCUGCAGCCAAGUGCCGGAACCGUCGCCGGGAGCUGACAGAGAAGCUGCAGGCGGAGACAGAGGAACUGGAGGAGGAGAAGUCAGGCCUGCAAAAGGAGAUCGCCGAACUGCAGAAGGAGAAGGAGAAGCUGGAGUUCAUGCUGGUGGCCCACGGGCCCGUGUGCAAGAUCAGCCCUGAGGAGCGCCGAUCGCCCCCCGCCCCGGGGCUUCAGCCCCUGCGCAGUGGGGGUGGCGUGGGCGUGGGCGCCGUGGUGGUGAAACAGGAGCCCCUGGAAGAGGACAGCCCCUCGCCCUCCUCGGCGGGGCUGGACAAGGCCCAGCGCUCCGUCAUCAAGCCCAUCAGCAUCGCGGGGAGCUUCUACGGCGAGGAGCCCCUGCACACCCCCAUCGUGGUGACCUCCACACCGGCCAUCACUCCGGGCACCUCGAACCUCGUCUUCACCUACCCCAGCGUCCUGGAGCAGGAGUCGCCGGCGUCACCCUCCGAGUCCUGCUCCAAGGCCCACCGCAGAAGCAGUAGCAGCGGGGACCAGUCCUCAGACUCCUUGAACUCCCCGACCCUGCUGGCGCUGUAGCCCUGCUCCAGGGCUGCGAGGGCACCAGGGGGUUCUGCCGGAGAGCCGCUGGCUCUGGGGAGACCCAGGUGGGAUUUGGCAGUGAAGCACUGGAGGGCUGGGGUGAUCUCUUGGAAGUCACGAAACCUCCUCCCUCGUUCGUCUUGCAAAGCGAAUCCUGUUUCUUGAAAACCUUGGAGAACUCAGCGUAGUGGACUCGGGCAUCCCUGGCUCCUGAAGAGCCUGAAGCUGGUGCGGACCGUUCCUGUCCCUCUGUCACGAAGCGUCUCCGGAGUGAUGGCGACCCUCCCCGCCCCGCCGAGCAUGCGCGGUGCCUUUGAUUUCACCUUCCCUCCAACUGCCCCUUCCGUCCCCCAGUGUCAGUUUCACUUCCUCUCGGUUUUUAUGAAAUUUGCCAUGACAUUUCAUCUGGGUGGUCUGAACAUGGAAACUCUCCAUUCCUGGAGAUGGGGCAGCAGGUGGCCCCUUUGCUGGGGCCGACGUGCCCAGGAGGGGACAGUCAACGUGCAAUACAGAACCUUCCCCCUCCUGGCACCACUUGCUCCACCCCACCGCCAGGGGCACCGGCGGGGCUCCCGGCCGGAGCUGUCCAGGAGACCCGGCCAGCGCUGGGAGGCGCAGAGACAGGACCUUUCCUCCCCGUCCUCGGAGACAGCUCCUGGAGGAGCAGCUUGGCCAGAAGACGGGGUGUGAGUGAGACAGCCGGGGCGCAGGUCGCAUCUGCCAAACACCUAAUUAACAGGCCAGGAAUAGUGCCAACAAGCCUCACGGUGUUCGAGCCGGCUUCCCUUCACCCGAGUCCUGAGCAGGACGACUCCUGUAAUUACUGCCUCGCCAUUCUGCCCCGGACCCUUCUCUCCAGACCAGGGAGGUGUCCCUCCCAAAGAGCCACACAGCACUCCGCGGCCCUGCCGGCUCCGCCCUCCCCCACCCUGGCUCUCAGGGUGACGCCACCCACAGAUUUAAUGAGCGUGGGCCUGGACCCUCCCCGGGUUGCUGCCAGAUGGCCCCUCCCCAAGCUUCUGAGGCACCUUUGCUGUGGAAGGGAAAGCAGAGGAGGGAGGGGGGAGGCCCGUGGAGUGGGAUUCACCCCUCACCAGCCCUGGUACCUGGUUUGCCCUUUCCUGGCUGCGUACCUCUCUGAAGCGCCCGUUGCCAACCGGUGGAUGCUUUCUCUUUACACUCCCCAACCUCCUCGGCCCAGCAUGCUCUGCAGGCCCCACAGCUGGCCGGGGGCUGUUGCUGGGGCUGGCGCGGCUUAUGCGCCGUUGCUGGAGCUGCCAAAAUGGGAGCUGAGAUGUGAUGUCUCCGGCUGCCCCUGCCCACAGGCGGAGGGUGGGGAAAGGCUUCUCCUGGCCCCAAAGAGCAGAACUCCGCACAGCUCAGCACACGGUCCCUGCCUGUCACCCCUGUGAGCCUUUCUGUCCCCAGGCCCAGCUCCUCCGAUCCCCGAGCCGGCCCGCACUGGGCGAGCGCUCCGAGGGAGGCCUCGCUGUUGGGGUUCGGCUCUGGAGACUGGUGUAUGAUAACUGAAAACUCUGUAGCUGUUAUUUAAGUCGAACCCAGUGGGGGCUGAGGGAGAGGGCAGCGGCUGCUUCACGCUCACCCGUUCUUUGCACACCCAGGCCCCUGCACGGGUCCCUGACCGGUGCCCAGGGGCUCCGCCCCACGCACUAGACACUCAGGGGGCGAAGGCCUGUGCUUAAAGCAUGCAGCCCCUGCGACGGGAAGUGAUGUGUGGAAGGAGAGGCGAUUCGAAGAAAAAAGGGGGUUUUGUCCAAAAGUACUUUUCCAAUGUCAUUUCCUACAUUCCUCGGCUGUGAUGCCGCCGUCCCGGUUCUCCAGCGGCCCUGGGAGAGGUGUGCCUGAUGAGAACGGGCGGUUGGGUUUCCGGCUUCAGGUUAGUCCGAGCAGCAGAAGUCAGCCAGGAGUGGCAGGAGACGGGCAGAGAAAACCGGGGUGCUCUCAGCUCCGAAGAGCUCAAUCAUCUCAAGCGGUGUUUGCGGCCACGUGGGGACUACUUGCAUAUAUAUACACACGUACCUUAAGUGAAGCUGCUUCCUGGUGUUUCAUUUCUGCCCUCGCUGGCAUGGCACCGACCCCAAGGCAGGGCACAGUCUGCGACGUGGGGCCAGGCUGGUCAUUUCCGGAGACGGAGUUUGGCUUUGGCUUGGACUUCAGGCCAUGUUGGCUUUGGGACCAACUGAAGGCAACACCCCAGCCACCUCAGAGGCCUUUAGGGGCCUCCCAGCAGCGGUCCCAUCCGGGACCCUCCGGCUCUGUCCUAGGAGGUGGUAGGAGGUUAUUUAGGGGAGGCCAACUAUUACGCCCAAGUCGUGAGCACGUCCUUAGUUCCUUCCUCUGGCUCGUUCUCCGAGUUCGUGUGCACACCCCCAGCCCUUGCUCUGGGAUCACCAGGCACCAGGCCUGCUGCUGCUCCCUCCGUGGCUCCAGCUAAGGGAGCAGCUGCUGUGGGGGGCUUUGAACUUGGCUGGGAACCGCUGUGCUUCCCCUGUGUCCCCAGCCGUGAGGCAGCUGGGGUGGACUCCAGCUGGGCUGCGGGCAGCUCUGGGACAGCACAGGGCAGGCACUCCUUGACAGGCUAGUGUGAAAUACAGUCUCGGCCACCUGGCUGGCCUCUCUGGGAGCAGACCUCUCCCCGGCCGGGGGGAGGAGGACAGCUGCUGACACAGGAAAGAGGGGGGGGGUCCCAGGUGAAGCUUAGGAAAUUGCUGGAGCCAGCUCUGAGCAGAGAACUCACUGGGGAGGUUCUCAGAAAGAAAGAAAUUGUUCCGCCUGUGUAAAAGGCCAGGUGUGUCCACUGUGGCCUGUCGCACAGGCAUCUCACAGCCAAGUGCCGUCAGAGGCUGCUGCUUCCUUAGCCUCCCUUCCCUCAGGCUUUGGGGGAAGGGGUUUCCUCUCUGCUCCCGCGUGGCUCCAAGUGUAAGGGUGGGCUCAACUCCAUGUGCAUUGGGACUUCUCUACCCUGUCCUUGACGGACCAGCAGUGCUCCUUGCAAUCUCACCAUGUAACUUUCAGGUUGAUUUCCUUCCUGAUCAGAUAUUAUGUGGCCCCUUUAAGAAGGAAAGGAAUAAGCACCUACUAUGUGCCAGGCACUGUGUUAGGCACUUUUAUAUAUGCCCUCUUUAGGAUGAGAGUAAGGGAUGAGGGCAUCCCUUAUUAAAGGUCCCCCAAACAUGGAUAAACAAAAACUUGGAGGUGAGAAGGUCUGUCUUCAAAAAUCCGAGGCAAGAUUGUCUUUAGUCUGAGGCUGGUUCUCCAAGAGCCAUACCCUACAAUAUCCUUCCACCUCCAGAUUUCUUCUCUCUACCCCGAGAUGUCCUCCUUCGCCCUCCUCCAAUGGUCGGGGAUGGGGGGGUACCCCAAGUCCUUGUGGAAUUUGUGGACCAACAGGACAUGUGGUGUGUGUAACUGUCUUUUAAAAAAAUGUAAGUAAAGGGGUCUUGCUACUUUCUGCUUGUUGAGUCUUUGGCAUUCAUCUUAAAAGCCAGCAUCUCACUAUUUAUUGACAGGUUGGGGUGUGUGUGUGCGUGCGUGUGUGUGCGUGUACAUUUCCAGGUGUGCCCGUGUCCUCCUGCAGCUCUUAAAAAGGAAACCCAGUCAUCCCACCACUAAUUUGACAUCUUCUCACGCUUCUAGUAUUCUGGCCGAACAUCAACAAAGGGUUUUAAUUUUCCAGUUCAGGAGGAGCUGGGUCAAAUUUUGAGAGGGGUCUGGGAAGGGGAGGGGGAGAAGAAAUUGACGUUUAUUUUAUUAUUUAUUUUAAAUGUUUACAUCUUUGUGUUGUACCAAGCCUGAAUAGAAACAGAUAGCAUUAAAGUACUCGGUUCCUCUCUCCCUCUCUUUUCUUCCUGAUUUUU